UUGUGUAGUUUCCGAUGACCGUGAACGUACCAUCACAAUCCAUAUUCUCCAUCUUCCUCCAACUAGGCAAGGGACCAACCUGCGUCUUGCAGCCACCGUAACAUUUUCCCGCUGAUACACACUCCAACCAGACUUAAAAGACCACAAUCAUGACGGAUUCCAAAUAUUUCACAACAAACAAAAAAGGGGAGAUCUUUGAACUGAAGGCAGAGCUGAACAAUGAGAAGAAGGAGAAGAGAAAAGAGGCAGUGAAGAAGGUCAUUGCUGCCAUGACUGUUGGCAAGGAUGUCAGUUCUUUAUUCCCAGAUGUGGUGAACUGCAUGCAGACCGACAACCUGGAGCUGAAGAAGUUGGUCUACCUUUACCUAAUGAACUACGCCAAGAGCCAGCCUGACAUGGCCAUCAUGGCUGUGAACAGCUUUGUCAAGGACUGUGAGGACCCCAACCCUCUGAUCCGUGCUCUGGCCGUCCGCACCAUGGGCUGCAUCCGGGUGGACAAGAUCACUGAGUACCUGUGUGAGCCACUGAGGAAGUGCCUGAAAGAUGAGGAUCCAUACGUGAGGAAGACGGCGGCUGUUUGUGUGGCUAAACUUCAUGACAUCAAUGCACAGAUGGUGGAGGACCAGGGCUUCCUGGACUCCCUGAGAGAUCUCAUUGCUGAUUCAAAUCCCAUGGUUGUGGCCAAUGCAGUUGCUGCCCUGUCUGAGAUCAGCGAGUCUCACCCCAACAGCAACCUGCUGGACCUCAAUCCACAGAACAUCAACAAACUGCUGACGGCUCUCAACGAGUGCACAGAGUGGGGACAGAUCUUCAUCCUCGACUGCUUGUCCAACUACAACCCCAAGGAUGAGCGUGAGGCGCAAAGCAUCUGUGAGCGCGUCACUCCCCGGCUGUCUCACGCCAACUCAGCCGUGGUGCUGUCAGCUGUCAAGGUGCUGAUGAAGUUCUUGGAGCUGCUGCCCAAGGAUUCCGACUACUACAACACCUUGCUGAAGAAGUUAUCCCCACCACUGGUCACCUUGCUCUCUGGAGAGCCUGAGGUCCAGUAUGUGGCUCUGAGGAACAUCAACCUUAUUGUUCAGAAAAGGCCUGAGAUCCUGAAGCAAGAGAUCAAAGUGUUCUUUGUUAAGUACAACGACCCAAUCUAUGUGAAACUGGAGAAACUGGACAUCAUGAUCCGCUUGGCCUCUCAGGCUAACAUUGCUCAGGUGCUUGCUGAGCUGAAGGAAUACGCCACAGAGGUGGAUGUUGACUUUGUGCGCAAAGCUGUACGAGCCAUUGGACGCUGUGCCAUCAAAGUGGAGCAAUCAGCUGAGCGCUGUGUCAGCACCCUGCUGGACCUGAUCCAGACCAAGGUCAACUACGUGGUCCAGGAGGCUAUUGUGGUCAUCAGGGAUAUCUUCCGCAAGUACCCAAACAAGUAUGAAAGCAUCAUUGCCACACUGUGUGAGAAUCUGGACUCUCUGGAUGAGCCUGACGCUCGCGCUGCCAUGAUCUGGAUUGUGGGUGAAUACGCCGAGAGGAUCGACAAUGCUGACGAGUUGCUGGAGAGCUUCCUUGAGGGCUUCCAUGACGAGAGCACCCAGGUCCAGCUCACACUGUUGACUGCUAUUGUCAAGUUGUUCCUUAAGAAGCCAUCAGAGACUCAGGAGUUGGUGCAGCAGGUCCUCAGCCUGGCCACUCAGGACUCUGACAACCCUGACCUGCGUGACAGGGGCUACAUUUAUUGGCGUCUGUUGUCCACCGACCCUGUUACUGCCAAGGAGGUCGUGUUGUCAGAAAAGCCCCUGAUCUCAGAGGAGACAGAUCUGAUUGAGCCCACCUUACUGGAUGAGCUCAUCUGCCACAUUGGCUCCUUGGCGUCUGUCUAUCACAAACCACCCAGCGCCUUUGUUGAGGGCAGCCAUGGAAUCCACCGGAAACACCUUCCUGUGCAGCACAGCAGCAUUGAUACAGGUGAGAGCCCAGUGAGCGGUGGGCCAGCAGCUGCCAUGGAUCAGCCACAUGUGAUCCCCAGCCAGGGUGACCUACUUGGUGACCUGCUGAACCUGGACCUGGGCCCUCCAGUCAAUGUGCCCCAGGUCUCCUCCAUGCAGAUGGGUGCAGUGGACCUUCUGGGAGGUGGUCUGGACAGUUUGCUGGGGGGAGACCUUGGCGGAGGUGUUGGGGGAAGUCCAGCAGUGGGACAGAACUUCAUUCCCUCAUCUGUCCCCAGUACUUUCGCUCCGUCACCUACACCAGCACCUCCAGCGGUCAGUAGCGGCCUUAACGACUUGUUUGAGCUUUCCACGGGCAUGGCCAUCACCACUGGAGGCUAUGUAGCCCCAAAAGCAGUGUGGCUGCCUGCAGUGAAAGCUAAGGGACUGGAGAUUUCGGGCACUUUCUCUCGCCGCCAGGGCCACAUGUAUAUGGACAUGACCUUCACCAACAAGGCUCUGCAACACAUGACUGACUUCGCUGUCCAGUUCAACAAGAACAGUUUCGGGAUGAUCCCUACCAGUCCUUUGCCCAUUCACACUCCGCUGAUGCCCAGCCAGAGCAUUGAGGUCUCUUUGCCAAUCAACACCAUUGGACCAGUCAUGAAGAUGGACCCACUUAAUAAUCUGCAGGUGGCUGUGAAGAACAGCAUUGACGUCUUCUACUUCAGCGUACUCAUCCCUCUCAAUAUAUUCUUUGUUGAGGAUGGAAAAAUGGAACGACAGGUAUUUCUGGCUACCUGGAAAGACAUCCCUAACGAGAAUGAGCUACAGUACCAGAUUAAGGACUGCCACCUAAAUGCAGACACAGUAUCAGGGAAGCUGCAGAAUAACAACAUCUACACCAUUGCCAAGAGAAAUGUGGAAGGCCAGGAUAUGCUUUACCAGUCCCUCAAGCUAACGAACGGCAUCUGGAUCUUGGCUGAGCUUCGCAUUCAGCCUGGCAAUCCUAACUACACGCUGUCUCUGAAGUGUCGGGCCCCGGAGGUUUCUCAGUACGUGUACCAGAUGUACGACUCUGUGCUGAAGAACUGACCUGCUCUGUAACUUAGCAACUUUGCUUCAUCUUAACAAACAACAGUGUUUUAUAAUUUUCUGCCACCAAAGGAAUCCAAACAGUAAAGUAUGAUACUAAAUAAUUGUGAAUAUUGGAUUUAUUAUUCCUCUGAGAGUUCAACAAAGCAAGAUGUCAGUCAAUACAUAAAUGUAUUGGUGGUGAUCGGCAUACUGUAGUGAAACAGUACAAACACUGUUGAAGUUUCCUUCAUUUUGGCAGUUGAAAACAUUAUUGAAUCCACUCCCCAUUUUGAUUUUUGCCUCCCAGUGAAAACAUGCCUACCAUUCCAUCCUUAACUUAGUGUCUUAAUGUUGUAAAGAUGUGACUGAUGGUAAAACUGUCCUGAGUGAGGAAAAAAGGUUUAGUUUUUUUAUUUUGUAUCGUGUGGCUCACAUGUUUUUGGUUUUGAUUUAUUUUUUAUACUUGCUUUGCUUCAGUUGUACCUACAGAAUAAUACCAUUGUGAUUUAUUCCUUUUGCCAUUAAUGUACGUGAAGAGUCUAAACCAACCACGUGUUUGUCAGAAGCUACUAAUGUCUGUCCUACAGCAGGUUUGUCUCCUGGAGGUCAUAGAUUGCAAUUACUUUUUGAGACCCCCUUAAAUUGAAUAUUAUAUCACAUUGAGCAGCACAUGUUUUGCUGUCUGUUCGUGUCGUUGCUUUAAUAUGGAUUCUUGUAUUAAAUGGGAUUACUUACAGUUUGUCCAGCAUUUAGGUCAAAACAUUACUUUUAGCUCCCUAUGUAUGAAACCUUGUACAGGAAUUGAAAAAGUGAAAUUUAAAAAAAGUUGCAGACAAGACGGGAAAUUACAUUAGUAAACUCUGAUGUAGCUACUAAAUACUGGCAUUUCAUUACUGCUCCCCACCUAUGAAUUAUGUUCUUUGUCUUCAUUGGCAUGCCCUAUUUUUCACCUCAGCUACAUGAAACAUCUUCAGGAUGUUUUGGUAUUUUGGUUUAAUGUUUAAAUAAAAAACACUUAUAGCUUAAAAAAAAAGGGGGGGGGGGGGGCUAUUUUGGUUUGGUAUGAUUAUAAAGUCAUAUCAUACAUCCAGUAUAGUUAGGCAUCUAUAGGCUGAGUAAACAGAGGGGUACAAACUGUCAGUAGAACAGAGUCCAGAAGCUUCUGACCAAGUAACAUGCAGUACAUUUGUUUAGAUUCUUAAAAUUGCCAGGUUGCAAUUAUUUGCAACUUAAAAGUCUUUUCUCAUUACCUUAAAACUGCUACCCAAACCACAGCAGCUAUCGAUGAUGUGUUAACACACCAGUGCCACUCCUUUUUCAGAAUAUUUGCUAAUUCAUUUCACGUGUAAUUACUUUUGUAAUAGCCCCGUUUACUGCAACCACAUAGUUGUACACGGCUUUAUACACCUAUAUUUUCAUUCCUAUUUAUUGUGCAUCUACCUCUGUGUGUUUUCUUUUAACUGGCUUCAUUUUUUGCAAUAGCUUCAAUUCUUUUAAUGUGCUUUAAAUGUUUUCACCUUUUUCUUUUGAUGCCAGUGUUGUUUUUGUAAUCUUUCAUGCCAUUGUUGUCAUGCCAGUCUAAACCUGUGGCAAGUGAGCCAAACCAAUCACACAGGACCAAGCAUCCAAGCAAAUUAAAUGCCAAGCUUAUGUUUUAGUGUCAAUAUAACCUUCUAAUGUUGGCGUUGUUUGUGCUAUAGAACAUUAGAGUGCAUAUGCCCCUAAGGCCCAGAGUUUCUCUAGUACAGUGUAGUCCAGUGAUGGUGUAGUUUGUGUAGCUAAUAAAUUCAAAUGUUUUGGUAUUACCCUGAAAAUAAAUUGAAGCUAUCUAUUCAACAGAAGCUUUUUCAGUGUAUCAGUUGUGUUGGUGACACUAUUUUCCUACAUGGGAAUGUAAAAUUACAUAUAUGUUCCUGCAUGAGCCCGCUAUUCAUUUUAUCCUUUUUCAUUUAAGCUGUGCAUUUGCUCCAUUUAAAAACUAAUCUCCCAACUCCAUGUCUCUCUUGUAGGUGUUAUUUUUUUUAAACAGCACUGUCUCAAGCACUCCCACAAAUAGAAGUAUAUACAAGACUGUUGCCAGCAAUACAGAAUGUAUGGAGAGAGCUAUCAUUGCAUCUUAUGAGAUGGAUUAUUUCUAGCAUCAUUUCUGUUGUAAAUGAUUUGUUAUUGUCACAGUAACACAUCUUAUGUCAAUAAAUUGUCCAAUACGUCA